AUGGCCGCUUACUUCUCUGGUGGCCGCGGAGCAGUAGACAAACGGGGCCCUGAGGGAUUCCAGCCCCACGAGAUGGUCACUGUGGACAUGGCUGAGGAAACAGGCCAGCGGUGCAGGCCACUCCGGGUGCUUGCGGAAGCUGUCGACUAUCAGCUUGUCAGUCAGAUCUCGCCUUUCCCUCAGCUGACGAUGUUGGAGCUAUCACUUCUUAUAUACGGAAAUUCUGCAGGCAGUAUCAGUCAGCAGCUACGAAGUGAGCAGAAGAGUGAGAAGAGGCCAAACCUUCGACGAUGCCGUUGA